AUGUUUCGAAGCUUAAUGCAUAUCCCUUGUAUACCCCAAGAACGACUGAGCCGUGAUAACUAUUACCUGCGGUGCCCAGUCACCGCCAUUCCGUUGGAUCGAAUUCAUGCUUCUCAGCGAACUUCAGAAGGACCUACCAGCGGCGACGCCACAUUUUUCCCUAAAGAAUUGCUCAGUUGCGUCCCUCCUAGCAAAGACGAGUGGUCUGGACCCAACAGAAGAGCAUGUGCAUGCAAUUAUUUUCCAUUGGACACUUUGGAGGAGCCUCUGGCAUACAACAGAUUUGCACCCGUUCCCGUUGUCUCGGGAGAACCCGCAGAAACACCUAAAACGAGAAAUGUAGGAGGUAAUCAGGAAAAAGAGCGCUUCGCCCUCAUGCCGGUGCCGGAUAUGCGAGAACCAAGUUUUGUUGCCGCCGCUGUGAUUGACUCAUCUGAGCCACAGCAAGCUGGUCAAAGGGGAAGGACAACUCCUUCAAUCUCACCGAACUCUCCACACAAGACACAAUGGGCAACAACACCAAGACGAAAUUCAAAACAAGAAGAGCUAUGCAGCGAAAAGACAGGAAGUGAGUACCCUGCUGUCACGCAGGAGAGUGCCCAAAAGGAUGUAAAACAGCGCAGGCAGAAGCCCGGAGAUGAGAGCUCCAGGCGCCAACGGCUAACGGCAAAACAGAGCCAACGAGAUCGGUUGAGGGCCCAGCAGCUUGAGCAGCAGCAGCAGCAAGGAUGCAAGGGGAACGAACAGUAUGGCAACCGGUCUGAGCAUCAGGAGCAAAAGCAGCAGUCUCAACCAUUGGAAAUGCACAGGCACCAUAAGGAUUCUCCACACCAAGAAGAAUGCGGGAGAGAAAGCUUAGGCAUGCGCAGGGACAGUGUCUCUAAGGACGGCGAAGUUGGCGGGAAUGCGUUGCAAAAACAACAACGCCAGAUGUUUCCACUGGAUGGCAACGCCUCCUCGAGCGCAGCAACCCGCUCACAAGGCACUACUUUUGCUGGUCACUGUAAAAAGCCAGUAGGCGGAACUCAAAGUAGGACUGGCGGCCAAUAUCUUGAAGACGGAGAGCAUCAACUGCUUCCGUUGCACAAUAUGCCGGAAGAAUGGCUGCAGCACGAGAUGCAGGCGCUGCUUCGAGAAGAAUACCAGCAGAGGCAAAUCGUUCAGAGACGUGAAGAAGAGCAACACGAGGCGCUGCAGCAGCAUCCCCCAUUGGAACGACCCUGGGUGCUCCUUGCGCAGAAGCAACAGGAGGAAGAUUUGCGGCACAUGCACCAAGAGGAGCUUCAACAAAUGCAGCAGGAGCUCAUUAAUAGGCAUCAGAGGCAACUCCAUGCACGACUGCAAGAGAAAGCUAGAGCUCAGCAGGAGAAAUUGGAAAAAGCGAGACGAGAAGCAAUUCAUAUGAAACUGCAACAGAAACAGAACCACCAGAAACAACCGAAGGCUCAACAGCCCACAGGCGGUUCCAAGCCGCGCAGUACGCCCCUCAUUAAGCGAAAAAGUACCAACUGGCAACAUCGGCAGCCUUCAGAAAUGCAAACGAAGGAAGAGCACAACCACGAACAGAGGGAGCAGCAACAGCAACAACAGCUACAAGAGGAGAGACAGACGCAGAACCAGCAGCAGCAUUCGCAGCAGGAUCAACACCAGUCACCUACAGAUGGAAAAGGAGAGGACAGUCGUACGGCGCCUGCACAGGAAGAGCAGGCCCAUGUACAGCAGCAGCAACUGGAGGAGCAGCAACCACGAGCGAUUACAAAUGAAGCAGAGACAGCGAAGCCCAACCAAAGGAAGAAACAGAGAGAAAUUCUGCAAAAGCAUCAGCAACUCAGUCAAAUACGGCAACAGGAACAGCAGCUUCAGCAGCAGCAGCAGCACGUUGCGCCCAUUCAUGAGGAGGUAAGACAUCCGUUGGAGCUAAGUGAAGUCACUAUACCAGCGACCUCGAAGCACAAGGUACAGCAGGCACUGCAGAAGGGACGAAAAUCAGCGUGUGUUCAAAAGAGCCAGGAGAAGCAACAACUCCCAACGGAGCAGGAAGGAUCCCCAAGAAAGCAAUCAAUGGGAGAACGGGAACAGACAGACGCAAGACAGCCAACAACAGGGGAAAGGCAGAAGGAACAAGAGGAGUUGAAGCAAAGAGAAGAUCGAACCGAACGGAAUGAAAAGCACCGGCAAAAGCAAAAACAGCAGGAGCCUUACCAGGAAGCUGAACAGAUAAAAGAACACUUUACGGAUUGGAUGGAGCUUUCAGUGCCACGCCGAGAAGAACAACUGCCUGCAAACGGAGGCCAAAAUGAGAAACUUACCCGCGAGGAGGGAAGGCACAACGAGCAACGGGAAGGUGUAAACGAAGAGGAACCCCCCCUUAUGCGAGAACAACCGUUAUCCAAAGAGAAACAGGAGAUAGAGCAGCAGCAACAGCCAAGCGUGGACGAGAUGAAAAAAGGAAAGGGCCAAACACCUGCGGAGAACCCAAGGAUACAGACACAGCCUCAUAAAGAGCAAUCGAAGCAGCGGUGGCUGCAACAGAAGGAGCCGCAGCAUCCUGUGCCAAAAGGCCCACAGCCCCAAACACCGGUCCAGAGGAUGGAGGAGCAGCGAAAACAGCAACUGCAGGUAAAGCAGCAACGACAGCAGCAGGAGCAGGUAUGUCAACAGCAGCACGAGAUAUAUCAGCAGCAAGGGCACCAACUUGAGCAGCAGGAGUCACAGCACGAGCAACUGCAGCCUGAAAACAAUGCCACAAUGACAAGAAGCGAAUUGUUGCGACUGUCGUUUACCCCACUAGCGGCGGUAAACGAUAAUAAAUACUAUUUAAAGCAGCAUCUUCUGUCAAGUACAAGCUCACCUCUACCUCACGUGCCUUGGGGGACAACACCCAGCACGCAAAAACAGCUCGCCAUUCGAAUGAGCUUUUCAGAUACUCCCAAUCAGCCACUCAGGACAACACCGCAUGCAGGUUCCCAUGAAGGACAACGAAGCGGAGAUACAAAUAGUAAAGCGCCUAUGCUGCCACUCCAGCAAGCAGACGGCCGCCGCUUUUCCAAAGACCAACAGUGCAUCCUUCGCCAGCGUUGGACGCCUCUUGGAGCACCACAGCAGCAAGCAGCCGACAGUAAGCAGGCAGCAAGAGGUGGACCGGCGAAAAAUAUAUUCCGAAAAAGAAACCCCGUUUUCCUUCCUCCUCCUCCUCCUCCUCCGCCUCCUGUGGCGGCAUUUACCCAAUUGACGCAGCAUCCACAAGAACAAUGGAAAACGACUCUGGUGAGAGGAUGUCAACAAGCCAAGAACUCACGUAGCCGUCAUCGACUGCUGCCUCAGGAGCAACGGCGCUUGCAGAAACAGCUGAAGCAGCCGGUUUUCAGUCUCCCACUGAGGGCCACUGAGAGCUCCGCAGGACAGCAAGAAACCCAACAGAAUCUACGGCAACAGGGUGCAGGGCUACAGCAAAAUGUAUUGCAGCAGCAGCAACAGCCACAGGAUUGCACUCAGCCAAAGGAACGAGACUUGCGUACUCCAUUGUCGAGCAAACGGGGGGCUAAAAGCAGUAGUAAGAGCAGUCACAGCAACGCCGGUGGACCUGACUCUCUUGUUCCUUUCGCCCCAUGUUCCCGUCCCACCUGGGUUCAGAAUGCCAUCGAGUUUCCCACCAAGCGCGAAUUCCGAAACAGCAGAGAGCACCGCGCACAUGAAGCAACUGGCUCGUUUGUGGAGGCAGGAGAUGUGAGAACUACUCUUUGCAGAAACGAUGAUAAGCAGGCAGCAGACGAAUGCAUUGACGGACGGAACCGUCGCCGCAGUGAACCUGAAAUGUGGCUGACCCCGCAGUUUCCUAUGGUGCCAGACAAAAGAAUUAGAAGCGAACCGCAGGAGCAGCGACUGCAGGACCAAACAACAGAGCAGCAACACAGAGACAGACUCAACACGACCGUGGUGCAGGUACACCAACAGUUGGCACACGCUCGGCUGCAGUUCUUAGAGGAACAGGCACGAGCGCAAAGCAGGUCUAGCAGAGGGCAGGUGAUGAAAGAAGGGAUGCAGCAGGAAGAACACCAACAUCGAAGCUACGAGCAGCCAGCACCAAAACAAGAAAUCCAACGGCAUCGCAAUUCCCAACAGCAGCAGCUGCUGUACCAACAUCAGCCGCAGCAACAACAGCAAGAACAACACGAGAAAUCGAAGGCGUUUCCCUACCCGCUCCACCAGCAGCAACCGAUAUGUGGGCCUGGGCACAAACAGCAACAUGAGCGGCAGCCACAAGAAGAAACGCAGCAGCAACAGGAGCAGCGGCAUCCGUACGGAGGGCAGCAACAGCAGCAGCAACGAGGCCACACACAACAACAACCUCAGCCGCUCGUGAUGAUUCCUUAUCUGUCAAGAGAAGACAUUCAGAAACCCAGUCAAACCCAAGGGUCUUACCAGGAGCAGCAUCCCCUUCAGCAACAGCAGCUGGAGCAAGGAAUUGAGCUUCCCUAUGAGUACCGAGAGCGUCUUUCGGCCUUUCAGAGACAGCCAUUUCAACAGCAGGAUAUAUGGGGGCAGCAUAGAGCAUGGCAUCCUCAGCAGUUGCAGCAGCAAGUUUGGCUGCAUCAGCAUGAGCAGCACGAGCAACAGUUGCAGCACGAACAACUGCACCUCACACAACAACAGCAUGGCCAGCAACCACCGCCGCCGCAACAGCUAUUCAUUUACGGGAAACCAUAUACUGCCCGGCCGCAAGGCUCCUACCCAGCGACACCGCAGCAGCGCCCAGUCGUCGAGCAGCAGCAGCAGCAAGCCUGGCUGCAGCUGCAACUUCACUGGUCGUUGCAGCAGCAGCAACACGCAUGGCUUUUGAUUAACCAGCAGCGUUUGCGGCUGUUCCAGCAACAGCAUCCAUGGACACCAAACCAGCAACACCUGUGGGCUUUGCAGCAACAGCAAUUUUGGCAGCAGCAGCAACAACUGUGGCAGCUCCAGCAACCGCACGCGUGGAUGCAACAACAGCAAAACUUUUGGCUGCAGCACCAGCAGCAAGCAUAUAUGCAGCAGCAGUUGCUGCAUCAACAGCCGGAGCAGGGACGGCACCAACAUGGACCCCUUACCCAUCAACGCGCGGAAUAUUUCAACCCCUACACUCCCGCCUGUAUUGUCUCAGAUGUUAUUUUAGGCUCAACUGAAAACGCUGCGAAUGGGCGAUACAUUGUCCCCUCUGGUAUGAGAAUGCCGCCGCCGUGGGAUGGCUGCUUGUCCCCAGAAAACAUACGCCUUGGCUUCUGCCGUGCUUGUCUGCAGUACGUCCACCUGAACAGAUACCUGCUGCCUCUUAUACCAAUAACGGUAGCACCAUCGCCAGCAGUUGUGACAGGAGUCGAAGAAGCACCAGGGAACUUUUCCAAGCAAGAACAGCACCCAGAAGAAUUCUUGUCGCGUGAGCAGCGACUUCCAACUGCCCCAGCAGAUGCAGCACGGGGGCCACCGGGGUUCAGCCUCCUGCCUGAAACAACGAGUGAAGGGGCAGCUGGCGCUACUGACGUGCAUGACGGCACGUAUCAGCAAAUGAGCGCAGCUGCACUUCCUGCUAACGACCACAUCACCCUCAAUACGCACAGCAGCAGCAGCAGCUUCAGCGACAGCGGCAGAGCCUACAACGACUACCCCACCAGAAACACCAACACUAGUGGCAGCAACGGCGUUUACAGCAAUAGCAGCAGCAGCAGGGCCAGCAACACAACACAAAUGAAUUAUCACAUGAACGGAGCCAGGUGGGAAGAGGGCGAGAACAACGCCAACAACCACGGCAACGGCGGCAUGGCAGGGAAUUUCGCACGGUUUGGAAUAUUCGAACCCUUCGAAGUUUGGACUGAAAGUCCCCGUGGAUUUCCCGGGGAAAUCGACUCGAUGGUGCCUGCUGCUGCGACAGCGAGCAAAGGUGCAUCUAUGUUGCAGCCGACUACAACAGAGGCAUGCAGGAACCAGUUGCACCAACCGCUGCAGCACCACCUGCAUGAAGGGCCGUCACUGUCAGGAGGUUUAGUGGUCGGAGUUAGCACAGAACCGUCCCACGGAAGUCUGAAUAGUUUCUCUUUCUUCAAUCCGUCAGCUCCCGUCUUCGUUCCUUCCUGCAUCGCUCAGCCAGAUAGUCCCACAUUUGCUGCUGCAGUCGCAGCAGCCGCAUCGGCAGCAAACCAGCAACCUCUGACAGCCAGCACACUAGGCAAUCCCACAAUGGAGACUCAGCAAUGGAAUACCCAGCAGACGAACCCACAAACGCCGGUGAAUUCCCCUGACCACAUUUAUCCAGGAGUCGUGGAGCAGCAAAACCAAAGCGAACAGCAGCUGCAGCAGCACAAGAGCCAGACCAAGCAGCCGCAACAACAGCAAGCGCUGCAAAUGCAGCUUCCACAGGCUGAAGCCCAGUACAUCUUUGAUGGGCAGUCAAACGUUCAACAGCGGCAGCACUCUAAUCAGUCCCUGCAUCAGUUUCCGCAGUCAUACCAGCGAUUGAACCCGCAGCAGUACCAGCAGCACCAAGAGGAUGAGCAGCAACAGAACGAGCAGCAGCAGAAUGAGCAACAACAGCCCAGUCAGCCAGGCGUCCAGCAACACCAGCAGCGGUCACGAUUUUCCUUCCCAAGUUUCAUAUCAGGGUCCUUUUCAGAUUGUCUAUCUUCUCUCCACUCGACAAGUGGAAGCUCUCUACUCGUAAUUGGAGCUUGCCUAGAGUGCUGGCAGUUCGUCGUCCGGCCACCCGCCCUUUGGCUUUUAGAUCAAAUCCGCGCAAGAGGGAUAGGUGGGAGGAUAAUCUUCAUCUAA